AUGUCGACGCCAGUCUUGUAUUCGUACUUUCGAUCCUCGUGCUCCUUUCGCGUGCGCAUUGCACUGAAUCUGAAGGAAAUCCCUUUUGAAUACAAGCCCAUCAAUUUGCUCAAAGGGGAACAGCGUGGCGAGGAAUAUCUGGCCGUCAACCCCAUGGGUGAAGUUCCCGCUCUGCAGAUUGACAGUAACCUGCUCACCCAGUCGGUGAGCAUCAUGGAGUAUCUUGAAGAAACGCGGCCCGAAAUUCCAAUUUUGCCCCGUGAUCCCGUGCUCCGGGCCAAGGCAAGUCGUGCUGUCCGCAUGUUGACGGAGAUCAUUACCUCUGGCAUCCAGCCGGUGCAGAAUCUGCGCGUCUUGCGCAAGCAUGGCUUAGAGCACAAAAUGGAAUGGGGCAAGUGGGCCAUCACGCACGGAUUUGAUGCCUUUGAGCUCCUCGUGUCCAAGACCGCUGGCAAAUAUUGCGUGGGUGAUGAGAUUACCAUGGCCGAUAUUUGCCUGGUCCCACAAGUCUUCAACGCUGAGCGCUUUGACGUGGACAUGAAAAAGUAUCCAACCAUCACCCGGAUCCACCAGGCUCUUGCGGAGCACCCGGCCUUUGUCAAAGCUGCCCCAGCGGCCCAGCCCGAUUGUCCGGACGAACUCAAGGCGGAUGCCACCAAGUAA